GGCAGUCGGGAGGAGGGUGAAGGUGGUGGCUGGCCUGGCAGACUCAGCGGUGUAGGCCACAGUUGAUAGCAGGAGGGAGGGAGCGAGCCUGGCACCGCCGCGCAGAAACAUUUAUGGCCCAGUGAAGUGUUGAAGCGCCGUUACGGCAAAAAAAAAGACAGGAAAGAAGACUUGGAGGAAAAGCUGACGCGGAAGUGUGCAGUGGACUUGAAAGGAACAGUGUUGUGCUUCUGUGUGGCUUGUUGUGGUGCGUAAAGGUGUGUCGUGGCGUAUCAAGAUACUGGGAGGCUGCGAGUAGUCAGGCGUCUCAGGUUUGGGGUCUGAGCCUCCGUGUUAUUGAUUAUCAGGCGCCCCACGGAGGAGUGCACGCAGACACCCAUACGUUCAGCCUCACUCCUGACUGCUUGAUUAAACACACAACUGGUUCUGAGAUCUGAGUUCAAGCGUGCUUUCCAGCUUCUCUCAUCGUGUGUAUAUUAACGCAUUUGGUUGGGCCAGGGAAUGACAUUAGUGAAACUGACAACUUUGGUUGUCAAUAAGUGUGAAGCGACAGUGUUACACAGUAUCAGCAGUGCCCACCAUGGUGUUUCAAGGAGAGAGUAACAGAAGCAGCAUAUCCCCGACACCAAGGAACUGGUUCAGUCGCAGAAAGUUCAGGCAGCCAAAGAACAUUGUCAGGAGAGUGGCAGCUUGUGGGUCAUUUCGCAGUAAAUGUGAUUCUCCAAUUCUGAAAAAAAUGGCGGAUAAUAACUUAGGUGGCUCUGUGGAGGAAAACGAUGUGCUGAAAAAGAAAAUCAGGAGAAUAGAAAAACAAAAUUAUUCUCAGCAGAGACGUCUUCAACAGUUAGAGAAGCUGGUGAUGCAGCUUACUCACGAGUGGCCCCCACAAGUGCUGCCAUGCCCCCCAUCUGAGAGGCGUGCACAUGGCCCUGGCAGGGACAGGGAGCUAAAGGUUCUCUCUCAGGCUGAGUUUGAGGACCAAGAAUCAGACUGCCAUACUGAGGAAAGUGAUGGAAUGACCAAAGACCUUGCCAGCCUCAUGGAUGAGUUUGACAGAAAUGGCAGAGAGAAUGGCAUGGUGUAUGGAGUGACGCCAUCACAUAGCUUUGCAGAUUCAGAUGACCUGGCUCAUGCUGAAGGGACAGGAAAAAUGCCAUUGUCCACUGAAGAUGUAAGCAAAACUGCCCCCCUUUCAGAUGAUGUCUGUUCGUCCCCUCUACCAAUUUUCAUCACACCAACAUAUGAAGAUUGGACUAAAGAUAAUAACAAAGAAAAUAAUUUAGAGAAAGCUGAAGAACCAGAAGGUUCUCCUCAGCCAUGCUUCACUACCCCCAUCCUCCUUACCUCAGAUGCCCUGAAACAAGCAGAACAAGGCCUUAGUGAUGAAAGUAAUACUUCAAGUUUUGACACUAAGAGGUGGAGGGCAGGUGUUAGCCUACAACCUGUGACCCAGUCUGGGGAAGAUAACUCAAGAGGGCUUACACCAGGCAAAACAAACCCAUUUUCUAAUCUCCUGGCUUGGAUAAAUCAAACGCCUUACCCCGGCACAAAGCUUCACAGAGCCUCAGAGAAGGGAUAUUGGCCUGUCCGUGGCCAUCCAAGUUUACUGGGCACAAGGGGUCCACCAGGGUUUUCUAGCCCAGGCAGUUACAGUGUUGGCAGCACUGCAGAGCAAGUGCACAAGUGGAGCCAGUCGCUCAGGCUGCCUCUCCUCUCCCCAAUGCCGGAGAGUUUGUGUAGUGAGCAGGAAGCAAAUGCAACAGAUGAAGAUUUCUUUACUGACUUGAAGUUCAAUCUAGCUGAGAAGGAGAAUGGAGAGACAUCAGAUGAAGAGGAGAUGGUGGUGGACGAGGCAGUGUCACACUCUGUGGCGGUGGGGCGGCGACGUCGCCAGCGCAUACGCAAUGAGUCCGUGUGUUCCAUCAUCGGCCCUUGCGUGGCCCCAGAUUUGUUGAUGACUCCUGACAGUGGUGGGACCAUAGUUGGCCAGGUGAGAGAGGAGGACAUCAUGACAGAGAUUGCUGGUGAGUUGGAGGGCUCCAUGCCGAUUGAGGAGUCACAGAUCAAAGUGGAGGACCUGGCAAACAGUCUUCGACACUUCCAGGAAAAACGGGAAGAACAAGAGGAGCAAGAGGAUGAAAAAGAAGGAAGGCAGAUGAGAAGAGGAAUGGGCAAGAGAGGCCCACCAAAGAUUUUGUUGAAGCAGGAGUGUAAAAAUAUUCUUACUGCCAUAAAUAUGAAAGAAGAAGUAUUUGAGGAGCCCAUACCAGGUAUUCAAGAUUUGAAGAGAGAGAAAAUUAAAUGUGAUGCCAGUGGUGCGGAGGUCUCCAGUGAAUCAUCAACCCAAGUAGUGGAUGGGAAGGAUGUGAGGCUCCCAGCUGGGUCAGUUGUCUUGGCUAUGGUGGAUGAGGCUGGCUCUCUUGUGCCCCUCCCCCAGUUCCAGGUUGACCCCCAGUCCCUCUCAGGAGCCCUUGACCAUACUGCAGAGGAAGAUGUUGAUGUGGAGACAGUCUCAGAAAGAACUCCAGUCCUUGAAGCUGGUGACUUAGCCAGCCUCCUAGCCCAGUUUGAAGCAUCCGAGGCUGUCAACACUCCUGGCAGUGACAACCCGGAGACAGAGGGUGCUGUGGCUGGAGAGACUCAGAAGCAACCAUUUGGAGCAGUGGCCACAGACAAUCACCAAACCCCAACCACAGGAGUACCCCAGCACAAGAAGCCCUCACAGGUCUCACCAACUCAUCAGAAUAUUAAGGAUGCCCUUCCAAAGGAAAUAAUAGAAAAAAUAAAAGCAUCAACUAAGCGGAAAAGUACACAGAUGUUAUCAGAGCCAGUGGCGCUGCGGAAAGGGCGAGGAACCAAGUCUAAGGAAAGUAGCAGUGGCCAUCGCAGCAGUGGGAACCGGGCAGCACCACAGCAGUCACAGCCACAACCAGUCAAUCAGGAGGACUCAAAGGACAUGCGGGUGCCACCACCACUGGACCAUGACUACUGCUGCCCCUCAGACAAGACCAAGAAGAAUGGUAGAGUGUCCUCUGACCGCCUCUUCAACAAGCUGCCAGACUACUACACAACAGUACCCAAAAAGGAUGCCAACAAUAAGAAAUCUUGCACUACCAAUUUGGAUGAUUGCCAGGAUGAUGUGGGGAAGAAAGACAGUGGUGUGGAAUCAGGGGAUGUGAGUGAUUCUAGUGUGGAAACAGAGGAGCGCAGAAAAGAAGGGAAGAACUCCAGGUUGCAGCAGGAUUCUGCCAGCUCAAGUGAAAGGAGGAAGCCCGAAAAGGCUGGUAAGGAUGAUGUAUAUAGCAAAUUGCCAGCAUACAUGACUGAUAUUGGCAAUGCCAAACCCAAGGACAGUGGAACUGAGGAGACCAAUGUUGAGGUAAUGGCUGAAGUCAAGGAAGAGUUUGCCAUCCAGAAGCAAGAGGAGACCAAGAAGCACAAGCGAAAAUUGAACCUUUCUGAAUAUCGCCAGAGAAUAAAGAGUGCUCAGAAUAGCAGAUGUCCAUCACCAGCCUCUUCCACCACCAGUACUGUUUCUAGUAGCCCCCAGCAGGCAGUCGAGGGAGUUGAGGGAACACCCAGUGCUAGCCAAGUCAAGGCUGAGGAGCAGGAUGCCCUGAACACAGUCCAGGAACCUCUACCUCAAAUAGCUGUGAAAGAAGAGAUGGAGGAAGGGGAACUGGAGGGUGACUCUGAGUCAGAGGUUCAAACCAGAGUGAAUCCAAGUGCUACAAACACUGAAUGUUCUUCUGGAAUAACUGUGCCUGUAGAGGUCAUAGCUAGGGGGGGUGAAAACACAUUGGGGAGUCUGGUGUUCUACAAAAACUCAGCUGCUAAGCCUGACACACAUUGGAAAGCUGGGUCCCACCAAGGCCUAUCCUCAAGGAGAUGGUCAUCUUCAAGUAGGAGCAGGAGCAGAAGCAGAAGCAGAAGUAGAAGCCACAGCAGAAGUAGAAGCCACAGCAGAAGUAGAAGCCACAGCAGAAGUAGAAGCCACAGCAGGAGUAGGAGUCACAGCAGAAGCCCAAUUCUAAACAAGAAGAGACACUCCCACAGACGCCACUGUUCCUCCCACAGCAAGAGGAGAAGGGGCUACAGGGAGUCCCGCUCCUCACAGUCUCCACGGCCCUGGAGGAGGUGGUCAAGGUCACGCUCCCACUCCAGGUCAAGAGGCAGCUCCUCCCCACACAGUCGCAGUUACUCCAGCUCCAGGUCCAGAUCAAGAUCCCGGUCACGUUCCUCCUCUUCCAAGACAAGAGACAGGUGGGGAUACUGGCGAUGGGGCUCUGGAAGGAAGAGGCGUUCCCCCAGUGGGUCACGAUCUGGCUCGUCCUCGCGCUACAGAGUCACCAGGUCCCGGUCACCCAUCUGGAGGGGCACUGGACGCUCCUGCUCGCCUUCCCGCACAUUGCCUGGCAGGUCCAGAAGAGCGGAAGAAGAGAACCGCAUGAAGCAGGUGGAGGAGAGGCGUGUCAUAUACAUUGGUCGGAUCUCUGAAGGGACCACCAAGGCUGAACUGCGGACACGCUUUGAGAAGUAUGGCACCAUUGUCGACAUCAGCGUUCACUUCAGGGAGCGCGGAGACAACUAUGGGUUUGUCACAUACAAAAACAGAGAUGAGGCCUAUUUUGCUGUUGAGCAUGGAAAUGAUGACCCAGCACAACCACGCUAUGACUUGUGCUUUGGGGGCCGUCGAGCUUUCUGCAAGGUGUCCUACUCUGAUCUGGAUGCCCAGCCUGCAGAUGCUAAUUAUCUGGGUGGGGGACCUGUUGCCAGACCAGCAGAACCAUUAGACUUUGAUUCCCUUCUGCGAGCAGCAAUGAAGAGAAAUCUGCGAUGACCAUGGUGCUACAUAGUCUAUUUCUUCUUAACUUCAAGGUUAAUUAGUUGACCAGUCGCUUGUGUUCAUAGUCUUCUCUCUCUCUAUAACAGUUACUCAUGACCUGUUAAAAUUUUUGAGUAUUGAUUUUCAUCUGUGGUCCUUGUAGCAUAUCAUCAAGAUGGUACAUUUUUAAAUUUCAAUCUUUUUUUCCUUGAUUGUUUUCAACUUCAUUAACAUAUUUGUUGACUAAAUAUUUUUCAACCACAAGAAAAAAAAUUAGUGAAGGUAAUAGUAAUGAUUCAUGAGUAUCAACUCUUUUUCUUAAAUAGGUGAGAGAGGCAUAGACCUGCCUCAGUUUGUACAUAGAUAACUUAAAGCUUUACUCUCAGCAUCAUGGGUUUAUAAUGCAGUGUUGCUCAAAACCCUCCGGAGUCAUUUAUGUAAGUUCAUAGAUUUAUUUAACAAAUGUAAAGAGCUUGCUUAAGUAAUUGAAACAAGUUAAUGUAAAAUUAGGGAUUGUGAUUAUUAUCAUCAGUUUAUCAUUUUAAUGGUCAGUUUUACAGAAUGAUGUAUAUAAAGUGCUUUUCCACUGGUGCUGAGAAGAUGAUGGGGUAAAAGUUUGAGUAGGAAAGUAUAAAGAGCAAUGGCUUCUCCCUUACAGCACAUAAUAGUGCAUGUUAAUUAGAUCUGGAGCAAAGCAUCAGUUAACAUAACUUGUAUUUCACCCUUGUUUGGGUAUAUACAGCAUUCAUUUCCUACAAGAUAUAGUACUGCUUGGUGAUGAGAUUGGCAGAAACAUUGCAGUAUUUGAAGUGGAAAAUUUCCAAAGUAUUUAAAACGGAAAGUGGUAAAUGCAGAACAGUAACAACAACACAACUUGUCUCUAUGAGGAGCAUAGUUCCCUUGAGAUAAUUUGGAAUGUGAAUAAUAUUUAAGUUUUAAAGAAUGUUGCAGUCAGAACCACAGGAGUUCUGUACAUAGUUUGCUUCAACAUGCCAAAUGUUUAUGAUUACUCGGGGUAGAAUUAUUUUAUGAAGUUAACUAAGAAUAAUGUUAAUAUCUUGUUUGGUUGUAUAGCAUAAAUCAGUCAGUUUUUAAUACAUUGAGUGGCCUGAUGCUGCCAAAUGAAGUGACUGUGCCAUAGUGAGCUGUUAAUGUUUCUUGUUGAACAUGGUGGGUGCUACGGGCACUAUGAUAUUAAGAGUAUGUGUACAGGUUCAGCUUUGCCACAGUUUUAAUUUAUUUCCGCAUGAGUAUGACAGGCAACCAGGCAUUUCAUUGUUAAAUUUGCUUGUCACUGUGAUGUAGUGUAUUUUUGUAUAAAUAUUUUGUUAUUACAACAUUUAUGUAAGAUUAUUAACUUUUCAUUAAAAUAUAAUCCUGCCAAAGUGAAAGUUAAAAGGAAAUUUACAAUUAUAGCAAAAAUUUAAGUUUUAUAAGUAACAAGUAAUUUAAUAGCUACAUACCUUACAACUGCAUGCAAUAUAUAUAUAUAUAUAUAUAUAUAUAUAUAUAUAUAUAUAUAUAUAUAUAUAUAUAUAUAUAUAUAUAUAUAUAUAUAUAUAUAUAUAUAUAUAUAUAUAUAUAUAUAUAUAUAUAUAUAUAUAUAAUAUUAAUUUUCAUUCAUAAUUUUUUACAAUAGUAUUUGCCCUAUAUAUAAAUGUAUAAUUUAUAAUAUCUUGUAAUGAUAUGAACCUUAUUUUUUUGUGAUGAAAUGUGUUCUCCAAUACACCAUGACUUCCUUCACAUUGCAACUGCACGAUUCACAUGCAGAUGCAGUAUAUUUAGAAAUUAACUAAAUAUUUAUUGGUUGCCAAGGUCUAAUGCAAGUAAAGAACCCUCACUGCUAGGUCUGAAGUCCUCCACAAAUGAGGAUGGAGGGUUAAUUCCCCUUUAUAAAAAGUCACAUUAUCCACAUAUUAUUUGACAGCUUCCAUCUUCAUUCACUCCUUUUAUGAUCCAUACAGCCACCCUUUAUUCACUUCCAAAUUAUUGUUUAUGUUUAGUAAUAUAACUAGGAGACUUAGGGAUAUAAUACAGAUCAAAGUGGUGGAUUAUAGUCACCUACAUGGGCAAAUAUAGCUUCUGAAUAUUUUUGAGAACUUGAGUGUGCUGGGAUGGCCAUUUCGUUAAGUAUAAGGAAAAUCCAAAAUUAUAAAAGUUUGGGGGCUGUGCAUCACGGUUCCUUUCCACAUCUAGGGGCAAACAUUUGCUGAUUUUAUGCAAAUAGGCAAGUAGUGGAGAUGCUUACUGUAAAUGAAAAUGAGGAGUUCUUUGAGGUAUACCAUUUUCUAAAGACAACAGUAACUUUUCUGAGCAGGAUCUGGGUGCAUAAGAAAAUAUUCAACUUUCAGUAUUAUCAUAGUGCCACCAUCAAUCACCACUACAAUCAUACAGUGAGUAUCUGCUGUACACACUAUGCCAGAAAUUAAUGGGUCACAUUGGUAACAUCAUUAAUGAACCUUUCAUGAUGGGUUUCUAAUUGCGUGUCAUUCAAUCACUGUCACACUGUGUGAAUGAAGUGAUAUAUUAAGUAAUUUAGCUCACUAUGCAGCCAGUUCAACUAGCUUCAUGGCAUGGUGUAUGUCUGGCCCAUUUCAUCAGGUGUUUUUUAUUUUCAUUGGACAAUUCUGACUGGAGGAAAAGUGGACUAAUGGUGUUUGGAGCAGGGUGGGUUAACGCUGGGAUUGUUGCUCUCAAAACCAAGGAAAACUUGCAUGGCAGUGAAAUUGUUAAUGUGAUGUGUGAAUGAGGGAUGACUCAUCACUAGCAUUUUAAGGCCACAUUUUAAAGAUUGUCUAUUGCUGUUGUGAAAACUGAUUUUGUUACUUUUAUACUUUUCUGAAAAUACUUUGUCAUUUUAGGCUGCACCUCAUCAAUACCUAAUGGUGGAUGCUGACUUCAGCAGUGUUCUCAUGUUGCUGUCAUGUAAAUUAUGCUGCUCAUGCAGGCUGCCUUUGGCUGUGAAGUGUUUGAACUUGAUAGGCUGUGUGAGUAAUGUUGAGGCACCUGUGGUUGUGAAGACUGGGAGAUGGAAGUGCCUGCCUUCAAUAAUCAAAGAGGCAUGCAUAUUUGUUAAUAGAGAUUUAACUAUUUGCUGAUGGCAGGAAAAUAGGCAGUUUGUCUACAUUCACUUAUUGCACUUAUUAGUUUAAUUUCUUAUACAAUACUGUAGUACAUAAAGAACCAUAAUAAUGUAGGAAGAUAUUUUAAGUCUUUAAUUAACAAUUGCAGCUGAGUUGUUUUCUAAAGGUUACUUGUUUUGAAAUUAAAGGAUAUUAUGAACAUAGAAAUUACAAAAGAUUUUUGAAAAAACACUGUAUUCAUGUCUUUUAAUAACAUUCAGUUGUUACUAAAGGACUUUCCAAACUGUGUAUGUGGAGGGCAGCUCUGUAACUUGUUCUUCUUGCUGGAGCAGAGGGAAAAGCAACUACUCUCCUUCUCUAAAAAGAGCUGUGAAGCAGAGUAGCACACAUAUUCCCCCUUAUUCACGGGGGUCAGAACAUGGACCCCUGUGAACGGAGAAUUUGUGAAUGUUUGGUGCACCUCCAGAAAAAAGCCCCUAGACCUGCAAAAUAUACAAUGAGAGCAAUUUUACACAAACUGUACCCAAUAAUUAAUUUCCAUGACAAAACAGCAGUAAAUAUCAAGUAUUAUCAUUUAUCAGCUAUAUGUACUAUAAAAUCUACUGUAACUUACAUAAUCAUUAACGUCACUAAACUGUUAGGUACUUCCCCAUGUAGUUUCUGCUGUUUUCCUUUUCAACUUCUGGUGCCUAAUUGUAUCAUAUCAUGCAAAUUAUUUACUAAUUAGUGCUUCUUGAAGUAAGAAUGAGGUAUUGAAAAUAUGAAAUGGGUAAUUAAAACUGGAUCAUAACUGCAAGCAGCUGCUCAGCUGAUAAACAGGCUGGGCAGGUACCAGUACUGCAGCACUAACAGUAUCAGCUAUAUGACAAAACAACAGUACCUGCCUGCUCGUUACUGGUCCCAGUGGGUACUGCCACUGCAGUAUUCAGUAUUCUUAAUACUGACAAGUACAUACAUCAUACACCCAUACAUAUGCAUGUAUGAAGAAUGCUGAAAACUGCACUGGGGGAUACUCACCGGUACCAGUACAGAGCAGUCAGGUACUGUUGGUGUCAGUGCCAGCACCUGCUCAGCCCUACCACCAACAUGCCAGUUUGUUUAUGUUUAUCAGUUGAACAGCUGCUUACAGUUGUGAUCCAGUUUAUAUUACUGUUUCACAUUUUUAAGGAGAGAAAAAUUCAUUUGUAAAUAAUGAGCAUAGUAUAAUACGCUUAAGCACCUUGUUGAUAAAGAAAAUGGCGGAGACUUUGUGGUUGAGUAGCCAAUAGUUGAGAUUUUAACGACAAUGUAUUUGUAAGAAGUUUACAUAAAUUAUGGUUUAGCAGUGAACUGCCAAGCCAGGACUUAAACAAACUUGAGCUAAUGAGUAUGUGGCUUGGGGUGCUUGCUGACCAUUACACCUCGGAAGUGUGUUUCUUUUAUUGGAGUUGAUUGAAGGGUGUGUAAAAUCAAGCUCCCAAUAAUGAAUGAUUCAUACUAAUCUGUUAACUAAAGCACAAAUUUUGAUUGUGAACUUCAUUUUUUGGUUCAAAUAUUUAUAACAAAUUUUGCCAAAUAAGAUUUCAGAAUUUCAGACACCAUCGAUCAGGUGAGAGGAGCAGACCUAUUCAUAACACUGGUGAAGAGGCAGUUAUGUGCUACUAAGCCAGCAGCUAUUUCCUUGGUCAUGAUAUUGAAUUUGGUACGAAGGUAGUUUGCCAGUGUUACAGUAAGUAAACAACAUUGGUUGCUCUUGCUUGACGGAUAAUGUUGAGACACUUUGUGCAAACCUUUAAUUUAGUUUUGCCAGAAGUGGAGCUGACACUCGAAAAAUUAGCUUAGUAAAUACACUAAUAUGGAAGCCUGAUUUUACUUUCUCUCUAAAUGAAAUGUUAUGGUACUCUGCCUCACAGCAAAGUGAUGCAAUGGAGAAAUAUUGCCUGUCCAUCUGCUCCAGACUGAGGAAUAGACAAGUACAGUGCUGUCAUCUAUCUACAUUGUUUAGGUAGUCUCCCCAUUAAGCUUAUGCACCCAUGCAACUUAAUGAUGUGGAAAAAAGAUGUGAAAUACUACUUAUGUAAUUUUGAGUUACUAUGAGUAUAAAGGCAAGCUUUGAAGUGCUUUAAUUUUUUUUUUUUAAGAUUUGUUUCAAAGACUCCUGUCAGUGUGAUUAGUGUGAUGCGUGUUCCUGUGUUAUAUUAUAGCAGGGUUUCUUGCUUUGAGGCAGGGUGGACAACUAAAACUGUAAAUACAAACAUUAUCAAUGUG